AUUGUCUGGGGCCAUGCCCUUCUAGAGCCUUUGGGAACCUGGUACGACAAGGACACAACUCCACCAUGUCCGCAACCAUUCAGAGAGAGACUGGCUCGGCCAACUCUGCUGAAGCCAAGAAAACAGAGCUCAGAGUAAACGAAAAGAAAUGCUGUAAGUAGCCUACUGAUAAUCCUCCAAGAGCAACAUCUUCAAUGCAGGAGAGCUGUGCACAGGCAGGACCAUAGGCAAGACAGCAACAAUUCCGCUGCAGUCUGCAUGAUUGCCUCAGGCUGUUUUGACUGGCACAGAAUGAGGUGUUAUUUAGUUUUGUCUUCGUUAUGAUGUAAAGCUUUCCCUAUGCCUGGAAUGCAUUUUUUGUUGAUGCUGAUGCACACAUUAACAAGCAAAUGAGUUUAAAAGGAAUACAACUGCGUUUAUAAUAUUUUGAGAGAGAUUAGUCUUCUCUGAAAAUUAUUCAGUUGGGCAUAUUUUGGGCAAAUUAUUCAUCGUCUUUCCACAUUAUAUAUUUUUAUCAUGCAGAUUAUGUUGAAAUCUGAUUAUAUUUAGCCCAUAUUCUAUACAGUAUUCAGUCUAUCUGCAGUCCUGUUGCAGCCGUAAUUUAUUUGAGAAUAGCAAGCCAUGGCUUGCCAGUUCACUUUGAUCUAUCCCUUUUAAUCUAAGUAUACAGUACAUGGGAAAUCAAGGAUAAGAAAUUAAUCCAAUGAUGUUUGAUCAUACCAACCAACCACUUUGAUAGUUAAAUUGUUUUGCCUUAUCUACUGUAUCUCAUUGAAUUGUCAGGCCUGUGUAUCACUGUCUAUACUGUAUAUAGGUAUACAGUAUAGACAGUAUACAGUAGUAUCUGAGUUAGUCCGAUGCUAAUGCACUAUAGUAUGUAUGUAUGUCUGUCUGUCUUUCUGUUCAGCAUGGGCAUUCUACAUGACAAACUCUCCCACAGUGAUUGUAAUGAUCGGCCUACCUGCCAGGGGAAAGACCUAUAUGUCUAAGAAACUGACACGAUACCUCAACUGGAUAGGAGUGCCAACCAAAGGUGAGUGGGGAAAGACAGCCUCUACAACAUCACUUUUGAAGACAUUAUACAUCUCCCUUUAAGUCUUCCAUUAUGACAGACUAUUGAUGGUGGAAUCCUCUGGUGUUUGAGAUAUCUUUAAAUAAGCACUUCAGUCAACUUUAAAUCACCAGUGUAUUGUGUCCUAUAAAGUAAGUGCCUUCAUUAUUAGGUAAAUGUCAAGUUUUAAAUAAAAAAUGUAAAGCUCCUGAGAACUGAGAUGCCCCAUGUUGAAUAGGAUCCUAAUUUGAACCAGUCCCAUUUCUAUGAUGGGAGACAACCCUAACUUAAUAGACCAUGUAGACACUGAUAAAAGCAAGUCAUAACUCAGUUGUUGGUGCCAUUUUGGUAAUUUUGUAGUGUUUAACUUGGGUGUCUACCGCCGAGAGGCUGUCAAAGCUUACAAGUCCUACGACUUCUUCAGGCACGACAACAAGGAAGCCAUGGAAAUAAGGAAGUAAGUUACAUUUGUUUUAUUCAAGCAGAGCCAUACUGAGAAAGCAUUCACAAUUGCCUUGCACACUGUUUUGAUGGCACAUUUUUCAUUUUUAUUUGCUUAGAACUUGAGUUCACAUAUGACAGACAAAGUUUUCUAUCAAUGGUAACAUGUUAGAAAAAAAAUGCAUUAAUCAAGUAUUGUUUCCAUCAGCAUGGUCAGAUCUGAGUCAAUCUUAUUGCUCCAGCAGCACUCCAGGUUCUCUCAUGCAUGAUUUCACAGGUGUACUUUGCAGCCCCGGCUGGCGUCAAUGGCUAGUGAGUUUCUGAACCAACACACUGUCUGCUGUGCAAGUAGUUAUUCAGUGUACAAAAUAUCCAUAUUAUAUUAAUAGGAAUUUGUGAUGGAUUACUAUUUUCCAACUAGCUGAAAGUUUUUUAAGCAAGCACUAAACUUGAUCCAGAAUAAUCACUGAAUGAGACAUCUGAAUAGGCUCAGAAAGUGAAUGUAGUAGUCUGUGUAGAGAAUUGCCCUUUAUAGACCUGUAAAUGGCUUUACUGCUCUUGACAACAUCACAGAAUGCUGAUCUAAAUAUAUUGCUGCCACUCACUCUCUCCUUGCAAAAUGUUGCAUCGGUAUGUUCCCUCACUGUUCUGUCAGUGUUACUAUUCAGGUGUCUGUACAGAAGAAAGAUAGGCAUACAGUAUAUCAUUCUAGUCUACUGGACUGCUUACCAUAGAAUCAAACACAAAAUGAUACAGGGGCCUUUAAGAUUGAGUGUAAAAAAUAUAUACAGUUAAGUCGGAAGUUUACAUACACUAAGGUUGGACUCAUUUCAACCACUCCACAAAUGUCUUGUUAACAAACUAUAGUUUUGGCAAGUCGGUUAGGACAUCUACUUUGUGCAUGACACAAGUCAUUUUUCCAACAAUUGGUUACAGACAGAUUAUUUCACUUAUAAUUCACUGUAUCACAAUUCCAGUGGGUCAGAAGUUUACAUACACUAAGUUGACUGUGCCUUUAAACACCUUGGAAUAUUCCAGAAAAUGAUGUCAUUGCUUUAGAAGCUUCUGAUAGGCUAAUUGACAUCAUUUGAGUCAAUUGGAGGUGUACCCAUUGAUGUAUUUCAAGGCCUACCUUCAAACUCAGUGCCUCUUUGCUUGACAUCAUGGGAAAAUCUAAAGAAAUCAGCCAAAACCUCAGAAGAAAAAUGGUAGACCUCCACAAGUCUGGUUCAUCGUUGGGAGCAAUUUCCAAAUGCCUGAAGGUACCACGUUCAUCUGUACAAACAAUAGUAUGCAAGUAUAAACACCAUGGGACCACGCAGCCAUCAUACCGCUCAGGAAGGAGACAAGCUCUGUCUCCUAGAGAUGAACGUACUUUGGUGUGAAAAGUGCAAAUCAAUCCCAGAACAACAGCAAAGGACCUUGUGAAUAUGCUGGAGGAAACAGGUACAAAAGUAUCUAUAUCCACAGUAAAACGAGUCCUAUAUCGAUAUAACCUGAAAGGCCGCUCAGCAAGGAAGAAGCCACUGCUCCAAAACCGCCAUAAAAAUGCCAGACUACGGUUUGCAACUGCACAUGGGGACGAAGAGUGUACUUUUUGGAGAAAUGUCCUCUGGUCUGAUGAAACAAAAAUAGAACUGUUUGGCCAUAAUGACCAUCGUUAUGUUUGGAGGAAAAAGGGGGUGCUUGCAAGCCGAAGAACACAAUCCCAACCGUGAAGCACAGGGGUGGCAUCAUCAUGCUGUGGGGGUGCUUUGCUGCAGGAGGGACUGGUGCACUUCACAAAAUAGAUGGUAUCAUGAGGAAGGAAAAUUAUGUGGAUAUAUUGAAGCAACAUCUCAAGACAUCAGUCAGGAAGUUAAAGCUUGGUCGCAAAUGGGUCUUCCAAAUGGACAAUGACCCCAAGCAUACUUCCAAAGUUGUGGCAAAAUGGCUUAAGGACAACAACGUCAAGGUAUUGGAGUCAAUCCUAUAGAACAUUUGUGGGCAGAACUGAAAAAGCUUGUGCGAGCAAGGAGGCUUACAAACCUGACUCAGUUACACCAGCUCUGCCAGGAGGAAUGGGCCAAAAUUCACCCAACCUAUUGUGGGAAGCUUGUGGAAGGCUACCCGAAACGUUUGACCCAAGUUAAACAAUUUAAAGGCAAUGCUAUCAAAUACUAAUUGAGUAUAUGUAAACUUCUCACCCACUGGGAAUGUGAUUAAAUAAAUAAAAGCUGAAAUAAAUCAUUCUCUCUACUGUUAUUCUGACAUUUCACAUUCUUAAAAUAAAGUUGUGAUCCUAACUGACCUAAGACAGGGAAUUUUUACUAGGAUUAAAUGUCAGGAAUUGUGAAAAACUGAGUUUAAAUGUAUUUGGCUAAGGUGUAUAUAAACUUCCGACCUCAAAGGUUUUGAGAAUUACACAAAUAUUAAUUUUCACACAGUCUGCUGCCUCAGGUUUUAUGAUGGCAAUUUGCAUAUACUCCAGAAUGUUAUGAAGAGUGAUCAGAUGAAUUGCAAUUAAUUACAAAGUCCCUCUUUGCCAUGAGAAUGAACUUAAUCACCCAAAAACAUUUCCACUGCAUUUCAGCCCUGCCACAAAAGGACCAGCUGACAUCAUGUCAGUGAUUCUCUCGUUAACACAGGUGAGAGUGUUGACAAGGACAAGGCUGGAGAUCACUCUGUCAUGCUGAUUGAGUUAGAAUAACAGACUGGAAGCUUUAAAGGAGUGUGGUGCUUGAAAUCAUUGUUCUUCCUCUGUUAACCAUGGUUACCUGCAAGGAAACACGUGCCGUCAUCAUUGCUUUGCACAAAAAGGGCUUCACAGGCAAGGAUAUUGCUGCUAGUAAGAUUGCACCUAAAUCAACCAUUUAUUGGAUCAUCAAGAACUUCAAGGAGAGAGGUUCAAUUGUUGUGAAGAAGGCUUCAGGGCGCCCAAGAAAGUCCAGCAAGCGCCAGGACCGUCUCCUAAAGUUGAUUCAGCUGCGGGAUCGGGGCACCACCAGUGCAGAGCUUGCUCAGGAAUGGCAGCAGGCAAGUGUGAGUGCAUCUGCACGCACAGUGAGGUGAAGACUUUUGGAGGAUGGCCUGGUGUCAAGAAGGGCAGCGAGGAAGCCACUUCUCUCCAGGAAAAACAUCAGGGACAGACUGAUAUUCUGCAAAAGGUACAGGGAUUGGACUGCUGAGGACUGGGGUAAAGUCAUUUUCUCUGAUGAAUCCCCUUUCCGAUUGUUUGGGGCAUCUGGAAAAAAGCUUGUCCGGAGAAGACAAGGUGAGCGCUACCAUCAGUCCUGUGUCAUGCCAACAGUAAAGCCAACAGUAAAGACCAUUCAUGUGUGGGGUUGCUUCUCAGCCAAGGUAGUGGGCUCACUCACAAUUUUGCAUAAGAACACAGCCAUGAAUAAGAAUGGUACCAACACAUCCUCCGAGAGCAACUUCUCCCAACCAUCCAAUAACAGUUUGGUGACGAACAAUGCCUUUUCCAGCAUGAUGGAGCACCUUGCCAUAAGGCAAAAGUGAUAACUAAGUGGCUCGGGGAACAAAACAUCAACAUUUUGGGUCCAUGGCCAGGAAACUCCCCAGACCUUAAUCCCAUUGAGAACUUGUGGUCAAUCCUCAAGAGGCGGGUGGACAAACAAAAGCCCACAAAUUCUGACAAACUCCAAGCAUUGAUUAUGCAAGAAUGGGCUGCCAUCAGUCAGGAUGUGGCCCAGAAGUUAAUUGACAGCAUGCCAGGGCAGAUUGCAGAGGUCUGGAGAAAAAAAGGGUCAACACUGCAAUUAUUGGCUCUUUGUAUAAACUUAAUGUAAUUGUCAAUAAAAUCCUUUGACACUUGUGGAAUACUUGUAAUUAUACUUCAGUAUACCAUAGUAACAUCUGACAAAAAUAUCUAAAAACACUGAAGCAGCAAACGUUGUGAAGACCAAUACUUGUGUCAUUCUCAAAACUUUUGACCACGACUGUAUACACUACCGUUCAAAAGUUUAAGGUCACUUAGAAAUGUCCUUGUUUUUGAAAGAAAAGCUAUUUUUUUUGUCCAUUAAAAUAACAUCAAAUUGAUCAGAAAUACAGUGUAGACAAAGUUAAUGUUGUAAAUGGCUAUUGUAGCUGGAAACGGCAGAUUUUUAAAAAUGGAAUAUCUACAUAUGCAUACAGCGGCCCAUUAUCAGCAACCAUCAGUCCUGUGUUCCAAUGGCACGUUGUGUUUGCUAAUCCAAGUUUAUCAUUUUAAAAGGCUAAUUGAUCAUUAGAAAACCCUUUUGCAAUUAUGUUAGCACAGCUAAAAACUGUUGUGCUGAUUUAAAGAAGCAAUAAAACUGGCCUUCUUGAGACUAGUUUAUGGAGUAUCUGGAGCAUCAGCAAUUGUGGGUUCGAUGACAGGCUCAAAAUGGCCAAAAACAUAACUUUCUUCUGAAACUCGUCAGUCUAUUCUUGUUCUGAGAAAUGAAGGCUAUUCCAUGCGAGAAAUUGGCAAGAAACUGAAGAUCUCGUACAACGCUGUGUACUACUCCCUUCACAGAACAGCGCAAACUGUCUCUAACCAGAAUAGAAAGAGGAGUGGGAGGCCCCGGUGCACAACUGAGCAAGAGGACAAAUACAUUAGUGUCUAGUUUGAGAAACAGGCGCCUCACAGGUCCUCAACUGGCAGCUUCAUUAAAUAGUACCCGCAAAACACCAGUCUCAACGUCAACAGUGAAGAGGUGACUCCGGGAUGCUGACCUUCUAGGCAGAGUUGCAAAGAAAAAGCCAUAUCUCAGACUGCCCAUCUUUUCUUUUUAUUGGCCAGUCUGAGAUAUGGCUUUUUUCAAUUUGAUGUUAUUUUAAUGGACAAAAAAUGGACAAAAAAAGUGACCCCAAACAUUUGAACGGUAGUGUAUAUUAUCUGAGGUUGGAUUGCAUACCUGCCCCCUUUUCUGCAGACCCACUGUUGAACCCUUUGAUGGAUUAUAAGACUACUGUCAUUGUAUUUCCCUCUCCUCUCCCACAGACAGUGUGCUCUGGUAGCCCUGGAGGAUGUGAAAGGAUAUCUAACUGAAGGAGGACAAAUCGCUGUAAGGCAUAUACUCUUUCCUUAAGAUUCCUUUUUGUCUGUUCAAUAUAUUUGACAUUUAUCCACCAGUUUUGUGAUGUUUGCUUUGCUUUGAUUAGGUAUUUGAUGCAACAAAUACAACAAGGGAGAGGAGAGACCUCAUUCUUGAUUUUGGGAAAGAGAAUGCAUUCAAGGUAAAAAUGCAAUGUGCUAAAUUGCCAAAUAUAUUUUUGAGUUUGAAUUGUAUCUCCAUAUAACGUUACUCUGUAUUAUGGACACCCAUUCAUUAUUAAGAUUGAUAGUGUGUGGUGUGACACUGCAUCCAGCCCUGUGGUGAGGCAGUACAUUUUAGUAGCGCAGUCUGAGCUGCUUUCUUUCCAACAGGUGUUCUUUGUGGAGUCUGUGUGUGACGACCCAGAAGUCAUUGCUGCUAAUAUUCUGGUAUGUGCCGAUGUCACCAUAUGGGAUUGCAGUGCUUUACUAUGACCCCAGGCCAGGGUCAAAACUAUAACCUAAUUAUAAACUGACUAUAUCCUUGUUAUGUCACGACUCUCAUUGUUUCUUUGCCCACAUUCUAAUUUGUCAUAUCUCUAAACAGGAGGUGAAGGUGUCCAGUCCAGACUACCCAGAGAGGCACAGAGAGAGAGUAAUGGAUGACUUUCUCAAACGCAUAGAGUGCUAUAAGGUUACAUACCAACCUCUGGAUCCCGAUGAUUAUGACAAGUAAGAAUGACCAAAGCUGUCUAUCUCAGUGUGUUGCCAUUGAAUAGGACAUUGCUUCAAUUAGAGGCAACUGUCCAUACUGAUCAUCAUGUGUUAUACAUAGUAGGCGUUAACGUUUGUAUUUCUUGAGAAUUCCUGUAAAUUUGCUCAGAUGUUCAGAUGUAAGCCACCAGGUGGAGACAGAAUACAUACAGACAAUUGUGUUACUGUGUCUCCCGUAGGGACCUAUCCUUCAUCAAGGUGGAGAAUGUGGGCCGGCGCUUCCUGGUGAACCGGGUGCAGGACUACAUCCAGAGUAAGAUAGUGUACUACCUCAUGAACAUCCAAGUGCACUCUCACUCCCUCUACCUGUGCCGGCAUGGAGAGAGCAAUCACAACAUGGAGGGCCGUAUCGGAGGCGACUCGGAGCUCUCCCCAGGGGGAAAAAAGGUAUGUGUCCUGUCCACCAUGACCGUUAGGCCUAGUCCAGAGAGAGCAGUCCAUAGAGAUAUAUAGAGGACUCAUCUUUGUAUCUGUGCCAUUAUAGCAUCUGUGAUAGCAUGGGCAGCGCCAUUGAGGCCAUCACCAUUUUGAAGUAGUCCAUUUUCUUCUUCACGAUUGGCUGAUCCCGCCUGAUGACCCAGUUGGACAUGACUCCAACAGGGUUACCAGGAGGGAUCAGCCAAUGAAGUUAAAAUGAUGGAAGCCCUCAGUGGCGUUGGCCAUGCUAAUACGGCCUUUUGGCCACUAGAAGCCUCUAUCAAUCUCUAUGGAGCAGUCAGGCGUAACACUGACAUGUGUCUUUGAGUCAGUGGAUCCUACCGAUUUUCUAUGUAGAUUUAGUUGAACAGCUAAUGGAAAAUACUAAUUAAAGCUCCUGUACUUUAAAUUUGAGGAAACACUGGUAACCUGAUCAUGUACUUAUUAUGUACUCUUAAAUAGUUAAUAGCAUGUUUACCAUGGCCAUGUACAGUAAAAAGUACCCUGAUGGAUGGGCCUGUUAUUGACACUAAUCUCUCUUCACAAUUCUUCACUUUCUUCUUUUCCCUUUCUGGUCCAGUUUGCCCAUGCCUUGCGCGGCUUCAUCGAGGAGCACAAACUGUCGGACCUGAAGGUGUGGACAAGCCAGCUGAGACGUACCAUCCAGACUGCUGAGGAGCUGAUUGUGCCCUACGAACAGUGGAAGAUCCUCAACGAGAUAGAUGCUGUCAGUACUGACUUUACCGCUGAUCUCUCACCUAUCACUGGUCUAAAAUAAUGAAUACCAUGAUGGUUUAAUUUAGGUAGACACCAUUUGUGAUUUUAAAUGAAUUUGAUAUUUCAUAAAGGACUUGUUAUAUUCAUUGUUUGUAUAAUAAGUAAGGAUUUAUCAUUAUCUGGCAACUCAACUGCCAAGGCUAAUUUUCCAGAGUUCUCUCUUUCCUGUCUGUUAGGGUGUGUGUGAGGAGAUGACAUAUGAUAUGAUCCAGAACUCCUUUCCAGAAGAGUUUGCCCUGAGGGACCAGGACAAGUACCACUACCGCUACCUAGGAGGGGAGGUAAAGUCCUACCCACUUACCACAAUAUGGAGCCCUUCUCUUGUUAGGCUUAGGGAUGACUAAGGCUCAGUGUGUCCUCUCUCCCUCCCUGUAGUCCUACCAGGACCUAGUGCAGCGGUUAGAGCCUGUCAUCAUGGAGCUAGAGAGACAGGGCAAUGUGCUGGUCAUCUGUCACCAGGCUGUAAUGCGCUGCCUGCUAGCCUACUUCCUGGACAAGAGUGCAGGUGGGUGAGCACACACCAAGCAGUACACACUUACUGACAGUGUCACAAACACCAGAGGUAAUUUACACUUUUUUUUAAACUAUUUUGUCUUUCAUAGAUGACCUACCCUACCUGAAAUGUCCACUGCACACGGUGCUCAAGCUCAGCCCUGUUGCCUAUGGUAAGACUUUGUGUUCAUUAGGCUUAUGGCAGAAUAAAUGGACAAUUAUGUUAUGUGUUAUGUUCACAUCUGAUGGAGUACAUUUAAGUCAUUUAGCAGAUGCUCUUAUCCAGAGCGACUUACAAAUUGGAUCACCACUAGUAGUUUGACAAUUAGGAAUGGGUCACAUUAAUUUAUCUCUGGAACUAUCCCCAGGCUGUAAAGUGGAAAUGUUUUACCUUAAUGUGGAGGCAGUGAACACACAUCGCGACCGACCACUUGUAAGUAACAUCGCAUGUUAUCCUCAGUGGCAAGGCUUUGCUCCUUUUUGGCAUCCCUGCUCUGUUCUGUUCACAUAUCACAUGCUUCACGGAACCUCUUUAACCAAACUAGCUCAAGCUAUGUCUGGUUAAAUGAGUAGUUAGUAUGACUUUAUAUUUAAAUUGUAGUAAGCUAUGACUGAUCACCUUUCCCUGCUUGCGAACACCGCCACCACUGCUCCAGUCUCCUUUAAUAACUGACUUGUGUUGAUGGGUGUACAACACAUUGUGGUGUAAAGGACAACGGUGUUUACUGCAUUACCUUUCCCCUCUGAACCUGCUGUUAGAUUGUCUUCUUUUUACUUUGUUUUUAUGGAGGCUUUUCAAAAUCAGAAUCACCUUUAUUUGCCAAGUACAUUUACACAUACCCAGAAUUUGUCUUAACAAGAAACGCAAUGAGAAUCUGACUGCCAACAGACUGCCUAUAGGUACUUAUCACAGUAGGAGGCCUCUUCUCUUGCUAGAACAAAAUACGUACCUGCUGUGUACCGACCUGGUACCGACAAACCUGCCGUUUCUACUUGUAGAAUCACAAUGCUCGGCAGUGGCCGACAACUUGUCUUUGAGCCAAUCUGAGAGCAAGAACCUCUACGUGGGGGAGCCGACAGUGACAAGAAAAUUGAAAAGAAGAGGGCACUUUUUCCGGUCUAAUACACCCUUUUCAUCAGAAUUGUUCUAACUAAAACAAUAAAGCUGCAUAAUACAUAUUUUUUUUCUAGAGCAAAUCUUUAUAUAUUUUACGUCUAGCUAAAGAGUUUUGUGCUUGAAGAAGGAUUUUUUUGUUAGGUUUGCACUAGCUUAUUAGUUAGCUAGCUAGCUAACGUUAGCUUGCUAACUGACAAGGCAGUUACACACACUUCAUAUGAAACGAAUGGGGUGGUAAGUGCAGCACAAUGCACACAACACUAAAUACUUUACCAAUCUGGCCACUGUAGAUAGUAACAUACACUAUCAGUCAAAAGUUUGGACACACCUACUUAUUCAAGGGUUUGUCUUUAUUUUUACAAUUUUUUGCAUUGUAGAAUAAUAGUGAAGACAUCAAAACUAUGAAAUAACACGUAUGGAAUCAUGUAGUAAACAAAUAAGUGUUAAAAAAAUAUAUAUUUGAGAUUGUUCAAGUAGCCACCCUUUGCCUUGAUGACAGCUUUGCACAAUCUUGGCAUUCUCUCAACCAGCUUCACCUGGAAUGCUUUUCCAACAGUCUUGAAGGAGUUCCCACAUAUGCUGAGCACUUGUUGACUGCUUUCCCUUCACUCUGCCGUCCGACUCCUCCCAAACCAUCUCAAUUGGGUUGAGGUCGGGGGAUUGUGGAAGCCAGGUCAUCUGAUGCAGCACUCCAUCACUCUCCAUCUUGGCAAAAUAUCCCGUACACAGCCUGGAGGUGUGUUGGGUCAUUGUCCUGUUGAAAAACAAAUGAUUAUCCCACUAAACCCAAACCAGAUGGGAUGGCAUAUUGCUGCAGAAUGAUGUGGUAGCCAUGCUGGUUAAGUGUGCCUUGAAUUCUAAAUAAAUCACAGACAGUGUCACCAGCAAAGCACCCCCACACCAUAACACCUCCUCCUCCAUGCUUUAUGGUGGGAAAUACACAUGCAGAGAUCAUCCGUUCAUCCACACCGCAUCUCACAAAGACACGGCGGUUGGAACCAAAAUUUGGACUCCAGACCAAUUGACAAAUUUCCACCGGUCUAAUGUCCAUUGCUUGUGUUUCUUGGCCCAAGCAGGUCUCUUCUUCAUAUUGGUGUCCUUUAGUAGUGGUUUCUUUGCAGCAAUUCGACCAUGAAGGCCUGAUUCACACAGUCCCCUCUGAACAGUUGAUGUUGAGAUGUGUCUGUUACUUGAAGUCUGUGAAGCAUUUAUUUGGGCUGCAAUUUCUGAGGCUGGUAACUCUAAUGAACUUAUUCUCUGCAGCAGAGGUAACUCUGGGUCUUCCAUUCCUGUGGCGGUCCUCAUGAGAGCCAGUUUCAUCAUAGCGCUUGAUGGUUUUUGCGACUGCACUUGAAGAAACUUUCAAGUUCUUGAAAUGUUCCGUAUUGACUGACCUUCAUGUCUUAAAGUAAUGAUGGACUGUCAUUUCUCUUUGCUUAUUUGAGCUGUUCUAGCCAUAAAAUGGACUUGGUCUUUUAUCAAAUAGAGCUAUCUUCUGUAUACCUUGUCACAACACAACUGAUUGGCUCAAACGCAUUAAGAAGGAAAUAAAUUCCACAAAUUAACUUUUAAGAACACCUGUUAAUUGAAAUGCAUUCCAGGUGACUUCCUCAUAAAGCUGGUUGAGAGAAUGCGAAGAGUGUGCAAAGCUGUCAUCAAGGCAAAGGGUGGCUUUUUGAAGAAUCUCAAAUAUAAAAUGUAUUUUGAUUUGUUUAACACUUUUUUGGUUACUACAUGAUUCCAUAUGUGUUAUUUCAUAGUUUUUAUGUCUUCACUAUUAUUCUACAAUGUAGAAAAUAGUACAAUUAUGAGUAGGUGUGUCCAAACUUUUGACUGGUACUGUAAUUAAAUCACAAUUGAUUAGUUUCCAUGAAGCAGCUGCCUGUAGCUGGCUGCCGAGAGUCAAUGCAGUGUCUUAACUUUACCUAGCUAGCACAACAUCUAGCUAGCUAGCGAAUCAUGAUAACCAUAAUGUUAGCCAGCUAGCAAAAAAUGUAUCUAUGGGCUGUAGCGAUCUUGGAGAGUGAAUUAAAUUGUUUAUUUGUCAUCUUGCUAGUUAGUUAUCUAGCUGUGGCCAUCUGGCUAUAUCAACAAGGGCUUUCUACAACAAUAGUAACAUUCAAAAAUUUGAAUCUUUCAAUUUAAAUGAUUAUAUAAAAUUCUUGCUACCAAUAGAAUGUUAUUUAUAUGGGGGAUACAAUCUUCCUAGCUCUGCAGAUUUUGCUGUGAAGAGACAGAAUCAUUAGAUCAUUUGUUUUGGUUCUGUCCAUUUGUAGCUUGUUUUGGACACAGGUCCAGGAAUUGCUAAAGGAUUGCAAUAUUUACUUGGAGCUAACCUUGCAGAUAGCAUUACUGGGUGAUCUGAAAAGUCAUAGUCAAUCGAUCAAUAAGAUAAUAAUACUUUUAGCAAAAAUGUUUAUUUUUAAUUCACAAUCUGUAGAAGCAAUGAGAAUAGAAAGGUUCAGAACUUUUGUAAAACAUCACAGUACAGUUGAAAUGUAUAUUGCAAAUAGAAAUCCUAUAUGGAUGGUGUUAAGAGAUAGAUGGGAGGUGUUGAAUGGAGUUGAAGGAUGGGACUAAUAACAAAUAAUAACAAGAUAACUAAUAAUGUAAGCAUACUGUGUCCAUAAUAAGUAUAUAGGUUGUAUGUUGGAAGCUUUUGGGAAAGAGCACAGUUAGAAAGAUAUGGCAUAUAGAAGCAAACCGGAUGGACAUCAUGAAAAAUGAUCGGAGAGGUUGAGAGUAGAAGAAGUUCAGGAGCAAAAACAAAUAAAAUAUAAUUAUUGUAAAAUUGACUGUGUCCAUAAAAUGUAGAUAGUAAGUAUAAGCUGGAAGUAGAGGCCUAAGCAUUGUUGUUCACUAAUUUACCCCAAGUAGGGAAAGGAUGGGGGGGUUGAAAAGUAAUAAAGGGGAGUAUAUAUAUAAAAAACAUGGGGGAUUGGAAGUGAUGCAGACAAUUACAUUGAUGGAAGUUACAAUCUAUCUGCAAUAUUAAGCUGAUCUACCCCCCCCCCCCAAAAAAAAUAAAAAUAUUAAAAAAAAAUGUUUACAAAGAAAAUGAAAAAACAUUACCGCAGCUAGCUGGAUAGCUAGCUAACAUUGGGCCGCUUGAACUGGUCGUGACUGUAGACCAUAAAACAACACACACGGACAUGCAUUUCCAAAUAACGCUACUGCCACCUUCUGGUUUGAAGUAUUUUAACAAGGCUGAGUGGCUGACUACUUCAAGGUCUUUGCUGUGUGAACACAAAAGGGAGAGACUGCCGACACUCUGUUCAGAAGUGCUAAGUAGUCGGCAGGCAAACGUUUCACAAUCCUACCGGUGUGUCUAAGCUAUUAGUGAGAUGCAAUAGACAAUAUAUUUGAGAGGAGCAGAAUUAAGUGGAAUCUGUUAGUGCAUUUUUUUUUUACUAUGCAGAAUCACCUUUUUCAUAUCACAUAGCAAACGUCCUAUUGUAGUGGUUGGUCAAGCAGAACGAUUGUUUGAUUGCUGUGUUUUGGGGAAUCGGCCCAGUAACACUGUGUGCGCCCAGGUCUCUUUCUUUAAUGCACCUGGUGUUUACCCAUCUCCAACCAGGAUAAGGUCCCGAGGGACCCAGCUCCCAUCCUCCGGCGGAAUAGUUAUACCCCCCUGUCCAGUCACGACCAGUUCAAGCGGCCCAGGCUCUACAGUGCCGGCAACCGGCCCUGGCUCCCCCAACGCCCCACCCCAUCGGCCCUGCAGUUCCCCGAGAUGCCAGAGGGGGUGCUGCAGCAAAGC